AUGAGCGAAACCAUGCGCGCGAUCGCUGUGAAAGGAGGCAAAGGCCCCGCGACCUCGAUGUACGUCGACGAGAUCGCCAAACCCGUCCCCGCGCCGGGCCAGGCCCUGGUCAAGCUGCGCGCUUUCGGGCUCAACCGGAUGGACCUCCUGCAGCGCGAAGGCAAUUAUCCUGUUCCGCCGCAGGCGCCUGUCACCAUGGGCGUGGAGUUCUCCGGUACAAUUGACAGCUUUGGCGGGGAUGCGCCGGCGGAUUUUAAGGUUGGGGAUGCGGUGUUUGGACUCGCGUACGGUGGUGCCUACGCCGAGUACAUCGCCGUGUCGACCAAGAUGCUUGUGCAUAAGCCGAAAGCGCUGUCCUGGGAAGAGGCGGCGGGCGUGCCGGAGACAUGGAUCACAGCCUCGCAGGCCCUGUUCCUCAUCGGCGAGUUCAAGGCCGGGCAGUCCGUCCUGUGGCACGCAGGCGCGUCCUCGGUGUCGAUCUCCGGGAUCCAGCUCGCCAAAGCAGAAGGCGCCAAGGCCAUCUACGCGACGGCCGGGUCGCAGGAGAAGAUCGAUUUCCUGGAAAAAGAGCUCGGCGUGACCAAGGCGUUCAAUUACCACACGCAGGACUGGGCCGCCGAGAUCCAAAAGGCCACGGGCGGCGCCGGCGUCAACGUGACCGUCGACUUUAUCGGGGCGACCUACUUCCAGGGCAAUCUGGAUGUGGCCGCGCGGGAUGGCCGCGUGGUCCUGCUGGGGUUGAUGGGCGGGGGCAAGCUGCCAGACGGCGUCAAUAUUGCGCCGCUGCUGUACAAGCGCAUCCGGUUCGAGGGGAGCACGCUCCGCAGCCGGGACGAGGAGUAUCAGCGCCGGCUGCGCGAUAUACUGGCGGAGCAUGCGCUGCCCAAGUUCUGCGACGGGACAUUUCGAGUGUUUGUCGAGAAGGUGUUCCCCAUGGAGCAGAUUGUAGCGGCGCACCAGUUGCUGGAGAGCAACACGACCAAGGGCAAGAUUAUCUGUGUGGUGGAGUGA